AUGUCAUUCGGACCACAGGUCGUCAUGCCUGGUGCGUUCCACUUUGAAGCUCCUAAUGGAACUCCCUUGUCCGGUGUCCACCCUGGAAUGUUCCGACCUCCUAUAUCAUCCUCUCCUUCUAGUUCUGUGUAUCUAGGAAAAUCUACUGGGAACAUUUACUCUGAUGCGACAAUACCCGGCCAGAAUACGAAGAGAAAGAGGCGGGCAUACGGAGAUUCUACACCUAUGAAUGAUACAAGAUUAGACUACGAUGGCGCCUACGAAGAGAAGACCGAGAUGAACAGGUAUAUCGGGGAAGGAGGAAGACGAUACGUUCUAGCCGGCCAUAUGGAAUCCCCGAAUGGGGUGGCUCCUACGGACAUUAACGAUGCGCUGGAGGAUAGCGUUUAUUCUGACAUCGACUAUAGGCGUGUGCUCGCUUCUAAACGCCCGCACAGCGAGAUCGAGUCGCCUGCAAACUACGCAACCCUGGCGCAGCCGUCGCCCUCCCAGCCGCAACAGCCUAACGGAUGGGGUUCUUUUGCUUUAAAUACGAUCGGUGGGGUUGUUGGUAAGGUAUUUGAUUUUUGCACAGUUGGCGUGUUCCGCGGUUUCUACGCAGGGGGCGGGAAAGGAUACGAUGUGAAGACACCGCCCAAUCAGCUUUCAACUUCGAACGGCCAAGUUUGGUGUAACGAACACGACAUUCCCACGCUUCCUAGUUUAGACCCUGCUGGGACACCCGGCGGGUUUCCACAGUCAGACUCUUCCCCGUUCCAUUAUGAGCGAGAAACACCGGAGUCAACCCCCCCGCCGGCGGCAAAAAGACGCCAAAUCAACGAUGGAAUUACCGGAGAUGAAGGGCUCGGUAGGAAUUGGGUCAUGGUUCAGGACCAACCUGAGAACACGAGGCCGCAGAGUAGAGCAUCCCGAGCGUCUACCAAUUACACGCAUCAACAGCAAACGUUCCCUCCGGUUCUCCGCCGUCGUAUUGGUAGACCUGUGAGCCGAAUGAGUACUCCGAAUUUUGCUCGACGUCAGUCCGGUAGAAUAAGCCUUGCGGGAUCCGUGUCUCUAUCCAACCGAGAGCCGGCAAGUUUCGCUUCUCCUCGAGCUCAAUCCCCUGCUCCGUCGUACACUCCCAGUAGAAUUCCGAUUCCAAGCCGCCCUCAAACACCUAGCGCUAUAUCGCCUGCUCGCCUUGCACAACAGCCUUCUUUCAUUCCUAGCCCUACUGUCCAGCCGAAACGUAGCCACGGGAGGAAUCAUAGUACGACCUCAGCUGCAUCAGCACCGUCAAAUAGGAUGAAGAGACGCGACUCGGUACAGGAAUUGGGGAACAACAGCCCUCGAUUGGAUGCCGAGGCGAAGAACUUGGCAGCUAGGAGACUCCAAGAGGAAAUGGAGACUGACUGGAAGAUGAAUGACCUCAACGCUAGAUUACGAGACAUGAUCCGACAGGGGAAAGAAGCUCUCGGUACUACGAUCGAGAUUGACGGAGAUGGUGACGUAGGGGGCAUGGAUCACUGGGAAAGCGAGUGA